AUGACAAGCAAUAAAAAGGCUGGAUUUCCAUUACUAACAUCCACGUUAACGCAUUUAAUAGCUCUUGAAGAAAAGGUUACAUCUCUAGCCAAAGAUUUCAAAUUCUGGCCUAAAGAUUUUACGCCAGUAAGAAGAGCAAAAUACGUAAGGGAUUCUCCACAGUUAAAGUUACCAUUGAAAUAA